ACCGAGGGUAUGAAAAACGGCCAUGUACGAGUCGACUAGAGGAGACCUCAGUACGACUACAACAGCUGAGGAGACCAGACGGCUUGACAAUAUCCUCCCGGGAACCGCCGGAUUGUGGUGUUGAGGCGCAGACUUGACAGUGUUUCUGUUGCAACACAAAGCUCGGAGGUGCUGGCGAGAGCAGUUUACACCGACUUUCAGCAGGAAGAACAAGAAGUCUGAAGACUUUGCAUUAAACUCUGUUUCAGUGGAUCCAGACUCGUCUCUCAGCACAGCAUCGUUUCAUACAUCGAUUAACGCUAUGGCAGAUUACACACAAUCAAUGAUCUGUAUUCGAGAGCUUGAUUACUUAGCUGAUGUUUUUGCCCCAUUGAAAGAAACGCCUCUUGCCCCUCAAACUUCCGCUGCAUCAGUGGUCCCAAAUAAUGGUUUGCUUCUGGAAAGAUGUGGCAGAUAUACACUUCAACUCCAGCGGCGUUUACCAGCGAAUGAUCCUGUGAAGUGGAAUAAUGGUGAACCGAUGCCAUCUUGGAGCAGGGCCGGGAGACAGAAGGCUGAACAGAACUGGUUCGAUAAUCUGCACCUGUCAUUCAACUGGAUGGGCUUCAACCAGAUCGGGUAUAACAGACAUGGGAACAUGCCAAAUGAAUAUGAUUGUUAUGGGUACGAUGUCCGAGGCUACGACGUUGAGGGUUUCAACUGGUAUGGCUUCAACAGAUACGGAAUUCCGCGCAACAACUACGAUAGGAACAUGUACGACGUGCAUGGCUUUGACUGCUGUGGGUACAACAGAGAAGGUUUCAAUUCACUUGGUCACAAGCGUUCCAUGUUUGGCGAACUUUGCAGUUUUAAUUACAAGCGGCGGUAUAACGAGGACCUGAGUAUGGAAGCAUUGUAUAAAAACUUUAAAACCGGUCCUUACACCAAAGACUAUUUACGUAAAUAUAAUAAGGAAUUUCUCGAAGAACUUGAAAAAUCCCAGAAAUAUAUCCACGAUCAUUCUAUGUAUAAAUAUUUUUAGUUACUCUUUAUUUUUUUAAUUCCAAUAUACUGGUUUAUUGAACAUGUAUUUUAAUGAGCAAUUCUCACCAAUAAAUGUUUAGUUCAUUAACUGGAACGAUAUAAAUGUUCCUAAACGUUGACUCGGCGUGAAUUAUAAUGUUUAGAGGACCAUACAGGCCUUUAGUAUUUUGAAGGGAAAAAUAAUGCUGGAUGGUUAUUAACCCUUACACUGCUCCAAUUGCCAUUUAUGAUUUUUACCCAUUUGAUUUGUUAACUACCUUGCCAUGCUCACUUUGAUGUAUUAUUCGAUAAGUGUGCAGUUUUAGGGGGGGGGGCAAGAAUAGUUUAGUCCAGAAGACUAACCUAUUAUAAGACUUGGCUUCAAUAAGACUUUGCUGCAGGGAGCUUUGGCAGUUCGACUUUUAUAGGGAUCUUGAAGUAAGGUGUGUGGUCAGACAAGGACACACACUACAGCAUUACAUCUUAGACUGAAAUAAAAAUUGAGCCAUUUAGAGAUGAAUCUAAACUCGCACUGUAUGAAAUGCCAAAUCAUCAUAUUACAGAUAAGAUGCAUUAAAUUUUUGCACUAUUAAUAUUUCGCUUCUAGUGGAUAAACGACAUGUAUGAUGAACAAAGUAGAGUAUUGUGAAGAUUAAUAAUAAAACUGCAGCUUUCCUAUGA